AUGGAGAAAACGGCGUCUGAACUUCCUCAGCAUACUUCCGCUGCUUCUGCAGCUCCUGCCCAGCCGGCCGGCUGGAAGCGACGCGUCUUUGGUGUGGUCGCGGUUAGUCUGAUCGCAUGGUUUGGCCUCACUCGUCUACAGACUUGCGGCACUGCUCGGGAUCCGGUUGAGGAGGUAUUGAGUCUGCAGCCACUGACAGACGGACACAAUGACUUUCCCUUCUUCCUACGCAAGUACUACCACAACCACAUCUACCAGAGCAACUUUUCCGACCAAAUCUCACUACCCUACCAUGUCGACUUUCCCCGCCUAGCCCAGGGCCGAGUUCGAGGCCAAUUCUGGAGCGUUUAUAUAGAUUGUAACGACACCGACCCGGAACCAGACUACGCCUACGUCCAUGACACCCUUCAACAAAUCGACCUUGUUCGCCGGCUCGCCGAGCUUUACCCAGAGCACCUCGAGCUCGUCCCUGAUACCACCGCCUUCCGACACACCUUCGAGACCUCCCCUUCCAAGAUAGCCAGCUUCCUUGGCGUUGAGGGCCUGCACCAGAUCGGCCACAGCCCAGCCACCCUCCGCCUAUAUCACUCCCUCGGCGUUCGCUACACAACCCUGACGCACGCCUGCCACAACAAGUACGCCGACAGCGCAACCCCCAGCACCCCACGGCAUAAUGGCCUCUCAGCCGCGGGCCGGGCAAUGGUCCUCGAGAUGAACCGCCUCGGUAUGGCUGUUGACCUCGCACAUGUCUCUGCAAAGACAAUGCACGAUGCCCUUGAUACCUCCAAGGCUCCCGUGAUCUUCUCUCACUCCUCCGCUUACGCCAUCUGCCCCCAUCCUCGGAACGUACCGGAUAAUGUCCUCCACCAGCUUGCUGAGAACGAUGGUAUAAUUAUGAUUACAUUCCUUCCGGAAUAUACACGCUGUGAUGAUCCUGCGAGGGCGACACUGAGUGAUGUUGCGGAUCAUAUUCAGCAUGUAGGCGAGCUUAUCGGGUAUCAGUACGUUGGUUUAGGGUCGGACUUCGAUGGGAUGGAAAGAACGAUCAAAGGACUGGAGGAUGUCAGCAAGUAUCCGGAUCUAAUAGCGGAGCUGCUGAGGCGGGGAGUUAGUGUCAAGGAUGUCGCCGGGGUCAUUGGAGGGAACAUCUUGAGGGUCAUGGGUGAGAUUGAGAAGGUGAGCAAGCAGAUGAUUGAGGAUGGGAUUACGCCUUUGGAGGAUGAUGAAGUCGAUGAUGAGGUGGACAAUGAAAUGCUUUAG